AUGUCGGGAGCUUUAACUUGCUCUGCGGCUGAUCUCUCUGCCCUUCUUGGCCCUAAUGCCACGGCCGCAGCUGACUAUAUUUGUGGCCAAUUGGGUACCGUGAACAACAAGUUUACCGAUGCAGCCUACGCUAUAGACAACACGUACCUCCUCUUCUCUGCCUAUCUCGUCUUUGCGAUGCAGCUCGGCUUCGCUAUGCUCUGUGCCGGCUCUGUUAGAGCCAAGAAUACGAUGAACAUCAUGCUCACCAAUGUCCUUGAUGCUGCAGCCGGUGGACUCUUCUAUUAUCUCUUUGGUUAUGCUUUUGCCUUUGGGGAAUCGUCUGAUGGAUUCAUUGGAAGACACAACUUUGGUCUCAAAGACUUUCCGACUCUCACCUCGGAUUACUCCUUUUUCCUCUACCAAUGGGCGUUUGCAAUCGCGGCUGCGGGAAUCACAAGCGGUUCCAUUGCGGAGAGGACUAAGUUCGUGGCCUACUUGAUCUAUUCUUCUUUUUUGACCGGGUUUGUUUACCCGGUCGUGUCUCACUGGUUUUGGUCUCCGGAUGGAUGGGCUAGUCCCUUCCGUUCCGCUGACCGUUUGUUUGGCACUGGUGCCAUAGACUUUGCCGGGUCAGGUGUUGUUCACAUGGUUGGUGGUAUUGCAGGAUUAUGGGGUGCCCUUAUCGAAGGCCCUAGGAUUGGUCGGUUCCCUGAUGGUGGUCAUGCUAUUGCUCUCCGCGGCCACUCUGCCUCACUCGUGGUCUUAGGGACCUUCCUUCUCUGGUUUGGUUGGUAUGGGUUCAACCCUGGUUCCUUUACCAAGAUACUCAUUCCUUACCAUUCUGGUUCCAACUAUGGCCAAUGGAGCGGCAUUGGCCGCACCGCAGUUACAACUACACUCUCGGGAUGCACCGCAGCUCUAACCACACUCUUUGGGAAACGUCUCAUAUCAGGUCAUUGGAAUGUAACCGACGUUUGCAACGGGUUACUCGGUGGGUUUGCGGCCAUAACCGCAGGUUGCUCCGUAGUAGACCCAUGGGCAGCGAUAGUUUGUGGCUUUGUUGCUUCACUCGUCCUUAUUGGGUGCAACAAGCUCGCUGAGCUCCUAAAAUUCGAUGAUCCGUUAGAGGCUGCACAGUUACAUGGAGGGUGUGGUGCUUGGGGUUUGAUAUUCGUAGGACUCUUUGCAAGGGAGAAGUAUGUAAAUGAGGUUUACGGAGCGAACCAGGGAAGGCACUACGGGCUAUUUAUGGGUGGAGGAGGGAAGCUAUUGGCAGCACAAUUAGUUCAAAUCAUUGUGAUUGUUGGAUGGGUUAGUGCCACAAUGGGAACACUCUUCUUUAUCCUUAAAAAGCUCGAUUUGCUUAGGAUCUCAGAGACUGAUGAGAUGCAAGGAAUGGAUAUAGCACGUCACGGUGGUUUUGCUUAUAUUUACCAUGAUAAUGAUGACGACUCCAUUCAGCUUCCUAGAGUACCUGGAUCUCCAGCUGUUUGA